AUGGAAACUGAGGGAAUGUUGGUUGAUCGAGAACAUUUAGCUGAGAUUGAGAAGCAGGCCAAAGCCGAACAAGUGGUUGCUGCUAACAGGUUUCGUAGGUGGGCUUCUAGUUACUGCCCUGAUGCCAAGUACAUGAAUGUGGGAAGUGAUGUGCAACUACGCCAGCUCUUGUUUGGUGGGACCUUGAACAGCAAGGACUCCGAUCAGGCUGUUCCAACUGAGAGGACUUUUAGAGUUCCAAACAUUGAUAAAGUGAUUGAAGAUGGAAAGGAUACAACCCCAAAAUAUCGCAAUAUCACUCUGCAUGGUAUUGGUGUCAAUCUUCCGGCUGAGAUUUACACAGCAAGUGGUUGGCCCUCAGUUGGAGGAGAUGCUUUGAAGAUUUUAUCUGGGAAGGUCUCUUCAGAAUUUCAUUUUAUGGAUGAUGACAUAGAUGAUGUUGGAGAUGCUUGUGGAACAGUGAGUGAUGAAUACUUGAGCAGUAAUAUAUCAGGCAAGAACAGGCGGAUUCAUUGUUCCCUAAAUAUAAACACGGAAACGGGGCGUUUAUCUGCUAGGAGGCCUAAUUUGCAGAAUCAACCUGCUUUGGAGAAAGACCGGUAUAAGAUCCGGCAGGCGUUUGUAGCUGCACCUGGAAAUUCUCUUAUUGUUGCUGACUAUGGACAGCUGGAACUCAGGAUUCUUGCUCAUCUUUCCAACUGUAAGAGCAUGUUGGAUGCCUUCAAAGCUGGUGGAGAUUUUCAUUCAAGGACUGCAAUGAACAUGUACCAGCAUAUUUGGGAAGCCGUUGAGAAAAAGGAAGUGCUACUUGAGUGGGAUCCUCAACCUGGUGAAGAUAAACCCCCAGUUCCACUAUUGAAGGAUACCUUUGCUUCUGAAAGAAGGAAAGCUAAAAUGCUUAACUUCUCCAUUGCAUAUGGGAAAACUCCAAUUGGGCUUUCUCGGGAUUGGAAGGUAUCUGUUCAGGAUGCAGAGCAAACAGUUAAGCUCUGGUACAAAGAAAGACAAGAAGUGAGCCUUUGGCAAGAAAAACGCAAAGAGGAAGCUACAAAGCAUGGACAUGUUCGCACAUUGCUAGGACGGGAACGCUGGUUCCCCUCAAUAGCUCGUGCUAGUCGCGCUCAAAGAGGUCAUAUCGAAAGGGCUGCUAUUAACACACCAGUGCAGGGUAGUGCUGCUGAUGUUGCCAUGUGUGCCAUGUUAGAAAUAUCCAAUAAUGCGCAUUUGAAUGAUCUUGGGUGGAGGCUGCUUUUACAGGUUCAUGAUGAAGUGAUCUUGGAAGGGCCAUCUGAGUCUGCUGAGGUUGCAAAGGCAAUAGUUGUUGAGUGCAUGUCGAAGCCCUUCAAUGGCAAGAAUUUCCUUAAGGUUGACCUUGCUGUUGAUGCCAAAUGUGCACAAAACUGGUAUUCUGCCAAGUAG